AUGACGCAAAGUUUUGCGAGCAGACCACAACUUUCUAAGACUUUGUCCCCGGCUGUUCCGUCGAAUCAGACGCGUUUCUAUCAGCAUUGGUAUCAGAAAAAGAGCGGAUGGAGAUACUACAAGUAUCAGUACUACGACAGAUUCAACCUUCCAUCAGAGAAUGCGAUAUAUGCGCUUAUUGCUACAUUUGUGGGGGUGUAUGCUCUUAAGUCGUUUGUGCCCGGGUUUCCAGAUCUGUCAUACAGUAAAGACAAAUCUUUCAUUUACCUCUUCACAUCAUCUUUCGACCAUGCAGACCUCGGCCAUCUUUUCACCAACUGCUUUUUCAUAUAUUUUAUGGGAAGCAUGUUCCCCGCUAGCAUAUCAGCAGCUACGGUUUUCGCGAUCUUCACGCUAGGCGGUGCCGGUGGCUCGUUUCUGUUUGAGAUGUACUCGAGCUAUCAGGCUCGUCGUGCGCUGGCCAAAGGUAAUAUUCUGCGAUACAACAUGGAGCAAAGAAGUCGGAGCUGCGGCGCCAGUGGUGGUAUCUUCUCCUUGCUGGCCCUUGAGACUUUGAUGGCUCCAUUCCGACCAAUUUUGUUCAUGGGAAUCGUCCCAAUGCGCAGCUGGGUUUUCUUUGUCGGAUUAGUCGGACUCGAUUUUGCCCAGGUGGUUUAUAAGGAGAUCAGAUCAGAGCAAGGUUACCCGCCGUCUGGCCGACAGAUUGGAAACGGUGCCCAUAUCGGUGGUGCCUUUAUGGGCCAUGUGUUUUACAAUCUGGGAAUUAUGAGACUGAGAAGCCGUACAGUGCGAGAUGAGCUCGAGGAGAUAGACGCAUCUAACAUUUGA